AAUGAAAUAGUUUGCUUUGUUUUAUUAACAGGCUUUUCGCAAACAAUCCAAAAAUCAAGGAAGCGUUUACCAAUUGUGAUAUAAAAUUGCAGUCCGGUUUGUUUGGUAAAAUGGUCCAGUCUUGGAUGGAGAACCUCGAUAAUGCUGGAACGUUGGAUCAAAAUGUCAGCGGAAUGUGUGCCAGCCAUAAGAAAAGAGGUACCACAGACAUGGGACUUUUCAAGGAUGCACUGACUGAACUUGCCGGUUUCGUCAGCGACACUGUAGGAAUGAAUGGUGACCAGCAAACGUCAUGGCAGAAGAUUAACGAGGUGAUCUUGGAUAUUAUGAAAACCAAAUUCUAAAUCUUUUUGACAUUUCCUACUCUUUUGCAUAAUUGAUUGUUUGAAUUAUACAUGACACUGACUCUAUCAGCUAAAUGAACUUAGACACAUUUGGCGGUUGUUUUGACAUCGGUCUUGCAGUGGUUCAACGAGAGCUUCAUCAUCAUUGUCAUUUCAAAGUCGCAAAGCUAGAAAUAUACCCCUUAUAUGUAUCUUCUAAAUCAAGUAAUCAUAUUUUAUCAUAUUUUAGCAAUACGAUGUGCAUAUUUUGGAACUUAAAAGCGAUUUUUAAUAUUUCGACCCAUUACAAUAUAAAAACAAUGUAUUUAAAAUUGAUAUGUCACAUUAUGUUUGUAUUUAAUAUACAUACUAGUGUAAAGAUUUUAUAUUAUUUUCUAUCCGGUAGAUUACACGUACUAAAUAAAUUAAUUAAGAAACUAUUCAUUCACAUAAUAAAGUACAUUUGCAGAUGAAUCUCGAGAGGGCAUUUUCUUAGUACAAAAGCAAAUUUUAUUUAAAUUUGUCCGCUUGGCGAAUUACUUGAAAAUUCUAAAAAGCAACAAAACAAAUACAACAUUGACGCAUGCGAAAAAUUUGUGAACGUUUUGAAUUUGCAUUUAUUUCUAAGAAUUUGACAUAGAAAAUACAACAAUUAUAUAUGACGAAAGAUUGUGCCAAUUACAAAAUGCUGUAUUAUCUAGCCUUAAAAUAUAUUCUUUUUUGUUAUUUCUAAUCACUUGUCAUUUGUUUCUCCUUUAUUCAUUUCUAAUCCAGUUCUCAAGGACUGCUUAUUUAUGUUUGCAGAAUAUGAGUUUGUAUGCGUUUCA